UCCAUAACUCACUUACAGAUGUUUCAGCCUUUUAUCUGCGGAGCUUUCAAUCAUCAAGAAGAAGAUGAUCAUGAGCUUUGGAGCAUCCCUAAUUCUUCGCCAAGAAAAUCAAGAAGGAACAGCUUUUCUAAGAGCCAUUACAAGGAUAACAAGAACCCAUAUUCGAAUCGUGGUCUUGACAAGUUUUCUGCACUCUUAGCUGAACUUGAAGAGAAAAGACAAAAGAUUUACUCUCAAACAGAUUCACAAGAUAUAUCAUUCGUUCGUUUCAUGUACAAGAACUCGACAGAUUGUGUUCCAAUCGUGGUAAAGCUCAAGGACAAGAAAGAAGAAGAGACAAAGAAACCUGUUGUUGAUACCAAAGAUCAUCAGCCUGGAAAGAAUAUUGAUUCUGAAGUCUUGGAUAAACAUCCAAUCGAAACAUUAAUUGAAGGGAAAGAAGUAAUCAAGAAGAUAUCAGGAUUGCAAUCAGUUAGUGAAAAUACUGAGAAGAAGAAAAAGAGCUUUUCAUGGAAUAUGGAGUUACAUAAAUGGAGGCGGCCUUCUUACUAUUUACCAGCAUUUCUAGUCCUGAUUUUGUUGCUGUUGGUGUUUUUAGGAAGAUCAGUUUCGAUUUUAUUUACUUGUGUUGGAUGGUAUAUAGUUCCUAUAAUUCAAGGACAGAGUUCCACUAAGGUGAGAAGAUCAACGAAGACGAAAGAUUAUGUCAGAAAGUUGAGUGAAAACAAAUCCGGAGCUGUCCGGGACAAGUCAUCCCCGGUACAUGAUCAUCGUCGGAAAAGCUGAUCAAGAGGAUUAAGUUGGAUUGAAGAAUUCAUUCACUCUGACAUGUUCAACAGUGUAAAUUCUUGUGUGUAAAGUUGAAUUGGUAAAUAGAGAAUUCUAAUUCAGGUUGGCUUAUGACAUUUUCUUAGUCAUGAAACUUGGUUGUGAGAAAUUACAAAUGUUGGUUUUGAAUAAUUUAAAGUAAAAUAUUUUGUGAAGGAUGCGGAGCAUUCUCAUGUGAUUCUUGCCUUGAUAACAAUAGAAUGAUUCAUUCAAAUACAUAGAUGAAUAUGGAGUUUAAGCCCACCUUUUUUAGUAGAUGAAUUUUUGCAAAGUUAAAAUUCGGUCCUUAAUACAUAAUUUUUUUUUUUCAAUUCUCCAAAACCUUGACCUCUUUUGUAUGGAAAAAAAAAAUACUUAAAACAACUUGUUUAAUGCUUUAGAUAAAAAGGCAUAGAAAUGAGCAACUAAAAAAAAAAAAAAGGCUUAGAUACGUCUUUCGCUUUGUGACCUAAUGGCCA